CUUCAGGCAGCGCGCGGAGCCGGCGGGCUCUCCUCACGCCAGCGCGCCCUCACGAAGCUGGACCCGCGGCGGCCAGCGCAGGCCUGGCCGGUCACUCGUCCGCGCCUGCUUCUCUUGCUCAGGGCUCCGGUCCUCCUGCCCUCCGACGCCGCUCAGGAUUUUAACAAGAAACUGAAGUUUUGAUUCAAAUGUACUUUGAAUUGAAGCCAGAAAUGUGCUAGAAUUUAGAAUCUUUCAUUUGUUUAAGGUAUGGUCUGAAUAUGCGUUGUUUGGCAGCUCGGGUCAACUACAAGACUUUGAUUAUCAUCUGUGCUCUCUUCACUUUGGUCACAGUACUUCUGUGGAAUAAGUGCUCCAGUGACAAAGCCAUCCAGUUUCCACGGCACUUGAGUGGUGGCUUCAGAGUGGAGGGAUUGGACAAAAGAGCGGCAGCAUCUGAGAGGGACCACUAUGUGCACCACAUGGCCAGGCAGCAGCCCGAGGAGGCAUCCCCUCGGCAGCAGAAGGCUCCCCCCGUUGUGGGGGGCUUCAGUAGCAACGGGGGAAGCCAGGUGCUGGGGCUCAAGUACGAGGAAAUUGACUGUCUCAUAAACGACGAGCACACGAUCAAGGGGAGACGCGAGGGCAAUGAGGUCUUCCUUCCGUUCACUUGGGUGGAGAAAUACUUUGAUGUCUACGGAAAAGUGGUUCAGUAUGAUGGCUACGAGCGCUUUGAGUUCUCUCAUAGCUAUUCCAGAGUCUAUGCACAGAGAGCCCCGUACCACCCCGAUGGGGUCUUCAUGUCCUUCGAAGGCUACAACGUGGAAGUCCGAGACAGAGUCAAAUGUAUAAGUGGGGUUGAAGGCGUGCCAUUAUCCACACAAUGGGGACCUCAAGGCUAUUUCUACCCCAUCCAGAUUGCACAGUACGGGUUAAGUCAUUACAGCAAGAAUCUCACCGAGAAGCCACCUCACAUAGAGGUAUAUGAAACAGCAGAAGACAGGGACAAAGACAGCAAGCCCAGCGAGUGGACUGUGCCAAAGGGCUGCUUUCUGGCCAGUGUGGCCGACAAGCUUAGAUUCACCAAUGUGAAACAGUUUAUUGCUCCAGAAACCAGUGACGGUGUGUCCUUGCAGCUGGGAAACACAAAAGACUUUAUUAUUUCAUUUGACCUCAAGUUCUUGACCAACGGAAGUGUGUCCGUGGUUCUGGAGACCACAGAAAAGAAUCAGCUGUUCACUGUGCAUUACGUCUCAAAUACCCAACUCAUUGCUUUUAAAGAAAGAGACAUAUACUAUGGCAUUGGGCCCAGAACUUCAUGGAGCACGGUUACCAGAGACCUGGUCACUGACCUCAGGAAAGGAGUGGGCCUUUCCAACACAAAAGCUGUUAAGCCAACUAAAAUCAUGCCCAAAAAGGUGGUUCGGUUGAUUGCGAAAGGGAAGGGGUUCCUGGACAACAUCACGGUCUCUACCACAGCCCACAUGGCUGCCUUCUUUGCUGCCAGUGAUUGGCUGGUAAGGAACCAGGACGAAAAAGGCGGCUGGCCAAUCAUGGUGACCCGCAAGCUAGGGGAAGGCUUUAAGUCUUUAGAGCCAGGAUGGUACUCUGCCAUGGCCCAGGGGCAAGCCAUCUCCACCUUGGUCAGGGCCUACUUGUUAACGAAAGACCGAGUAUUCCUCAACUCAGCUUUAAGGGCAACAGCCCCCUACAAGUCUCCCUCUGAGCAGCACGGAGUUAAAGCUGUGUUCAUGAACAGACAUGACUGGUAUGAGGAGUACCCCACCACACCUAGCUCUUUUGUUUUAAACGGCUUUAUGUAUUCUUUAAUUGGGCUGUAUGACUUAAAAGAAACUGCAGGGGAAAGGCUGGGGAAGGAAGCGGGGUCCUUGUAUGAGCGUGGCAUGCAGUCCCUGAAGGCCAUGCUGCCCUUGUAUGACACCGGCUCAGGGACCAUCUAUGACCUCCGACACUUCAUGCUGGGCAGCGCGCCCAACCUGGCCCGCUGGGAUUACCACACCACCCACAUCAAUCAGCUGCAGCUGCUCAGCACCAUCGAUGACUCCCCGAUCUUCAAAGAGUUCGUCAGGAGGUGGAAAAGCUACCUGAAAGGCAGCAGAGCAAAGCACAACUAGCACUCAGCCUUUCCCAACAGGAGCCACAGCUGUCUGCGCAGAGCGUGGGCGCACGGUAAACGUGAACUGGGCCUACGUGGUGUCUUGCCAAGUGACAAGUGAUCCUUUGAGCCAGUCUUCUGAAAUACCUGCAUUCCACGGCGGGCAUCUGGAAUUGUGGGAGGCACAGGAGGAGAGCGAGCGCCAGCGAGCGAGCGUGUGGUCAGUGGGCUGAAUGAGGUGGUGUCUCUGCCUCGCUCCUCAUCUCCGCGCUCCCAGAGUCAGUCUGCGUUACUGGCCAGCUGCCGAGCACUUUCCUGAAAGCUCAGUGUGGGGCUCUUCCAAAAUGCUAUUAUUUAUAUUUAUAUUGAAAGCAAACUUAAGAAAUGUGCUGUAGUACAGUAAAUAUGCACUAGUAGCCUGGCUAGUGGGCUGUGUCCGACUUUUAAAAGGUUCCUUUCUACAGAUCCUCUUCUUGGAAGUGGGUGAGCAUCUGUGGCAUUUGUUCAGUUUGUUAUAUGAAGAAUAUUUUGAAUUACGGUUUUCUUGAAAUGUGUAAAUUAAAGAAACAGCCAAGGUUCAGGCUUCAGUUAUAUAACAUAAGCACAACUAAAAUGAAACCUGUUGACUGCACAAGAAAUUGCAAAAUGUGGUCUGUUUUAUGAAACUUGAUCUGCAAUCAGUAAAGUUUGAUAAUCAGCCUGUCCCUCCUCCUGCCCCAGUGCAGUGGUUUCUUUUGUCACAUCUAGAACGUUAUAUUCCCUUUCAGAUUGCACCUUGAGAGUCUUGUCCAUUCAGGAAGGACAUGUAGGGGACGUGUAGCAUUUAUUGCAAGCCUACAUGUGGGAAGGGGCUGGUGACUUUAAGUCCACCGUGGCUCUUUUGCGACUACACAGGGGAGUCCUAGCAGAGCUCUUCCCACUGCGCAUUCUUGAUACCACUUUCCAGGCCAUGGUUCUGUGUCUUUGUUUUUCCUCCAAAAUUUAAUUUGAAAUUAUCCCAGCUAUUAUGUAGAAGAGAUGCUACUGUGUUUGCUGUCCCCACAUGGUCAGACAUUUAUUCAGAUUUAUUCAGGCUAUGUGCCCUUCACAGCCCUCACACAGUGGGCAGUGUCUGCUGUGUGGCUUUAGACAUUAUCUUAAAACCAGUGAAGACUGGUUUUGCUCGGGUUUUUGUAUGAAAUCUACAGCUUGGAAAUAGAUCGUCAACCCCCACCACGUAGACACACACAC